GGUACAGCUCGUAAACCUGCAUUCUCAGUGGAUGGUGACUACAUUGUUGGGGGUGUUUUCUCUAUACACAACUACUUGCACACAGUGAAGCAUAACUACACCACCAUGCCUGGGCCACAAAUGUGCACAGGGAGCAUUGACUUCCGUGAGCUGCGCUUCUCACGUGCAAUGGUCUUCGCCAUCGAGGAGAUUAACAACAGCACAGAGCUGCUGCCAGGCAUCGAACUUGGUUAUCAGAUCCAUGACUCGUGUGCCUCGGUGCCCCUGGCAAUGCAUGUGACAUUCCAGCUUUCAAAUGGCCUGGAUCCGGUCUUUUAUACCAACAACAACUGCUCGCAGUCUGGUAUGGUGAUGGCUAUUGUCGGUGAAUCUGGGUCGACACCAUCCAUCAGCAUGUCUCGUAUUAUUGGAUCCUUUAAUAUUCCUCAAGUGAGCCACUUUGCCACAUGUGCCUGCCUGUCUGAUAAACAGCAGUUUCCAAGUUUCUUCAGAACAAUCCCCAGUGACCAGUUCCAAUCAGAUGCACUGGCCAAACUGAUAAAACACUUUGGCUGGACUUGGAUAGGUGCUGUCCGGUCAGAUUCAGACUAUGGCAAUAAUGGCAUGGCCUCUUUCUUGGAUGUAGCACAGAAGGAGGGGAUCUGUGUGGAAUACUCUGAAUCUUUCCACCGGACCCACCCACAUAGCAGGAUCCAGAGAGUAGCUGACGUGAUCCACAGGUCGACUGCUAUGGUUGUUGUGGCAUUUGUAGCCUCUGGAGACAUGAGGAUCCUGCUCAAGGAGUUGGUUCGGGAGCCUUCUCCACCUCGCCAGUGGAUAGGCAGUGAGUCCUGGGUAACCGACCCAGACUUGCUGAGCUUCAGUAUCUGUGCUGGAGCCAUUGGAUUUGGCAUUCAGCAAUCUGUCAUCCCAGGUCUGAGAGAAUUCUUGCUGGAUCUCCCUCUCACUAAGGUGGCUGCCUCUCCAUUGCUUACUGAGUUCUGGGAGGAUGCAUUCAACUGCAGGCUGGGUGAAGUCAUGGAUGAGCGUGUGUGUAAUGGAACUGAAGAGAUAGAGAGAAUCCAGAACCCAUAUACUGACACAUCUCAGCUCCGCAUCACUAACAUGGUGUAUAAGGCUGUUUAUGCAAUAGCACAUGCCAUUCAUACUGCAGUGUGUCAGGACAUGAAUGCUACAACACAGUGUGACAAAUAUACUGAGACCAAACAGGUUCUUACUCAGCUGAAGAAAGUUAAUUUUUCCAAAAAUGGUUACGAUGUGUCAUUUGAUGCCAAUGGAGAUCCUGUGGCAAGAUAUGAGCUGGUUAAUUGGCAAAGAAGUGAGAGAGGCAGUAUUGAGAUGGUGACAGUUGGGCUGUAUGAUGCAUCACUGCCAGAGGGCCAGGAGUUUCUUAUCAACAGAAACCUCACCUGGGUGGACGGAAGUACACAAGUGCCUGUGUCAGUGUGCAGUGACAGCUGUCCUCCAGGAACUCGUAAAGUGCUGCAGAAAGGAAAACCCAUCUGCUGUUAUGAUUGUAUACCUUGUCCUGAAGGAGAAAUUAGCAAUGUUACAGAUUCCCCUGAUUGUUUCGCUUGCCCUGAGGAGCUAUGGCCAAAUGCAGAGAAAGAUGCUUGUUUCCCAAAGCCUGUAGAGUUUCUUUCCUUUGACGAGGUCCUAGGAAUCAUCCUGGCUGCUUUCUCUGUUGCUGGUGCCUGUCUUGCCAUUAUAAUAGCAGCUGUGUUCUUUCAUCACAGGACAUCCCCGAUUGUCAGGGCCAACAACUCUGAGCUGAGCUUCUUGUUGCUCUUCUCUCUGACUUUAUGUUUCUUAUGUUCCUUAACUUUCAUUGGAGCACCCUCUGAUUGGUCCUGCAUGCUGCGCCACACAGCAUUUGGAAUCACCUUCGUCCUCUGUAUCUCUUGUGUUCUUGGAAAAACAAUAGUAGUGUUAAUGGCUUUCAGAGCUACACUCCCAGGUAGUAAUGUCAUGAAAUGGUUUGGCCCUCUACAGCAAAGGAUGACUGUAGUCUCUUUCACAUUCAUUCAAGUUUUAAUAUGUGCUAUUUGGUUGGGUCUUAGUCCCCCAUUUCCAAUGAAAAACCUAAUUUUAUAUAAGAAGAGAAUCAUCCUGGAGUGUGCAUUAGGGUCAGCUUUUGGGUUCUGGGUUGUGCUUGGGUACAUAGGCCUACUGGCUGUCUUUUGCUUUGUUUUAGCUGUCCUAGCUCGGAAACUACCUGAUAAUUUCAAUGAAGCCAAGCUGAUCACCUUCAGCAUGCUGAUAUUCUGCGCAGUCUGGAUCACCUUUAUCCCAGCGUAUGUCAGCUCUCCUGGGAAAUUUACUGUGGCUGUGGAGAUAUUUGCUAUUCUAGCCUCCAGUUUUGGACUUAUACUGUGCAUAUUUGCUCCAAAGUGUUACAUCAUAUUGUUUAAGCCAGAGAAGAACACCAAGAAACAUUUAAUGAACAAAAAUGAUUCAUAA